CAUGAUCUGACGUACAAUAUGAUUUUGUGUGUGAUUUUUCUGUGUUUGUGCGCCUCGGGAACGGUGUUUGGAUCGCCUAAUUCCCUGAAGGAUCCGUACAUAUGUGGAUCACCGACAUGUAACGAGCCAGAGAAGUUCAAGUAUUUACUAGAUGUAAUCUACCACUAUGAGUACCAGGUCAAUGUCGAGACCUACUUCGCUGGAUCCAGUAAUAACCGGUCCACACUGGAUGUUAGGGCUGUGCCUAAAAUUCAAUUUAUAACACCAUGUGAGGGUCUCCUGCAGCUGACAGAUGUUACCCUGAUAGAUCAAGAUGAGAACUACCCGGUGGAGAGAGCUGAGAAGUUCAUUCAUGCUGUCUCACUCUUUGAUCUUAGGUUCGCCUUCCACGAUGGUAUCGUGUCAGAGAUAUGUCCGGAGCCGGAGGAAGAGGACUGGGUACUUAACUUCAAGAGAGCCAUCCUGACUCUCUUCCAGAAUACCAUGAAGAGGUUCGAUAUCAACUUCAAAGGAGUUGAGCAAGACAUCCACGGCACAUGUAGCGUGGACUACACGGUCCGCGGCCAAGAGAAUACGAGCCUUAUCCUAGUGAAAACAAGGGAUCUUUCACAAUGCACCAACCGAUACAAGUAUAUGUCUAUAUUGCAAACUGUGAGAUACGACUUUCAGAGCAAAUUCCAAACAUGGCCCGUUCUAAAGUCGGAGAGCAAGUGUCGUAUAACGGUGGACCACCACAUCUACAAGGCGGUGAGUUGCCGCGAGCGACACCUGUUCGAGCCGUUCUCCGGCAAGAACUCCGGCGCCAUGACCACGGUGGUACAGGACCUCGUGCUGAUCAGAGAGCUUAACAAGACCGAUACUGAGGUUAUUGAGUCGCAGCCUAAAGCAUGGGUAGAGAUCCCGCGCCGUUCGAACUUGCUGCACCAGCACAUCGUGUACGUGGGGGACGACACCGGCGGACUCAAGGCCGCCAGGGACGUGCUCAAACUGCUGUGCAUGGUGAAAGACACGACGGCGGAGAACCAGCACACGCUGAACGUGGACGAGAACAUGGACAGCGGGUCCACGGUGGGGCUGUGGGGGCGCCUCGUCCGCGCCGCGCGACCCCUGCACCACCCCGCGCUGGCGCAGCUACUGGCCCGGGCGCCCUCCAUAUGUAAAUCUGCUACCAAACACAUACUAGACGCCCUACCCUACAUAGCGAGUCCUGGUUCAGUGGAGCUCAUCAAAGAAAUGAUCAUGAAGAACGCAGUCGAGAGCGAGACGAGACAUGAAUGGCUUAUGUCCAUGGCCAUGAUACCACGUCCAAAGAAGCUGAUGUUGGACAGUAUGUUGGAACUGCUUCAGAAACAGAAGAACGACAAGGUGAUUAGUUUCACCGUGUCCUCGAUGGUACACUCGUAUUGCAAACAUAGUGGGAAGGAAUUACGCGAAUGCUGCGAAGAAGAUACUCCAAGAGCCAUCGCACUAGAAUUCGAAAACAUAGUCCAGGAGAUAUCUGCUAAAGGUGUCAUUAAAACUAGAGAGGACAGGAACAAUAUCAUAAUAGCGAUCAAAGCCCUCGGCAACAUCGGCGGCUUCAGGAAGGAGUUCGCAGACAAACUGCUGAACAUUAUCGGCGAUAGUUUGGUGCCUGUACCCGUUCGACUGACGGCCGUCGACGCCUUCAGACGGACCACUUGCGAUGAAACUCGAGAAUAUUUCCUAGAAACGUUUAGAGCGGACUACAUGAACUUGGAAGUACGUCUCGCGUCGUACGUACAGGUGAUGAAGUGUCCCGACCUCGGCACGCUGAGGAAGAUCUUCCACACACUGCAAGAUGAACCUGUUAACCAAGUAACAACAUUCGUAUGGAGUCAUCUGAGGAACCUCGCGGAAUCCUCGCUUCCAUCCCGAGUGGAGAUCCAGGGUCUUCUGUCUGGCAACCAGAUUCCCCACCUGGAAGACAGUCCAGACUUCAGAAUGUACUCCAGGAACUAUGAACAGGGAGUGUUCUUUGAUCAGUAUAAUGCUGGUGGUAACUACGAAGCGAACGUAGUGUUCACUCCGGAUUCCUACAUACCGCGGUCGUUCUCCCUCAACCUCACUGUCGACAUGUUCGGAGAGUCCAUCAAUUUGUUUGAGAUGAAAGCCCGUGGCGAAGGCUUCGAGCGUUACUUCGAGAGCUACUUCGGUAACAACGGCCCCCUCAACAAGAACAAACUGACGGAGAAGAUCAGCAACCUUCGCUUCUUCAGGUCUACCAACGAAGCUGAUGAGGUCCGGGAGAAGAUCGAUAACCUGGAGUAUAAGAAUGAGGCGCUUAAACAUAGGUUCCCUAUGGCCGAGCUGGGUAUCAAAGUGUUUGGUAACGAGAUCUCGUACUGGAACGCUGAAGGCGACGAGGAGAUCAUGAAGUCACUGGCACGACUCAACCCACAGCUUAGAGUGUUGGAGAUAUUGUCCGGCAAGGAAAUAUCGUACAACAAAGCCUCCCUAUUCCUGGACACGACGUUCUCCGUGCCCACCGGUGCCGGGCUGCCGAUGAACAUGAACCUCAUGGGCACGAGCUACGUCAACACCAAGAUGUCGGGCACCGUGCACGAUAACUACAGGGAGUCUGGGAACCUGGACUUUGAAGGGAAAUUGAGACCUAGCGUAGCAGUGAACAUAGCGGCGACGAUGAGCGUGGACGCGGGCGGGCUGAGCUCCAGCGGUAUCCGCGUCAACUGGCGCCUGUACACCGCCACCGCCGUCGAGGCGCGCCUCACUGUCAAGGGGAUCACGCUGCUCAAGCUUGAUCUAUCGCUGCCCAUUGAUAAACAGGAGAUUUUUGCUGCUAAAUCGGAGCUGAUAAUCCUGCACGGCGACAAGGAGCACCAGCAACAGGGGCUGAACAAGAACAGAAUAGAACAGAACACGUGCUCCUGGUCCACCUUCGACAAGUCCAUCGGGAUCAAGAUGUGCGCUUCCUAUCAGUUCCCCAACAUGACGAAUCUCCACAACGCGCCAUACUUCCUGAUGAGUGGUCCGGCGAAGUACAUCCUGUCGCUAGAGAAGGCGGACCCCACGGCCAAGACCUACGCCAUACAGUACCGCUGGGACAAGAACGCCACCGGCAAUGUCGUUAGCUUCUCUUUUGAUACGCCUGAUAGCAAGGAAAAACGAAUGAUAAACGCAGUCCUAUCGAUCUCAAACACAUCAAGUACUGCGCUACUAACUCUCCAAUCAGAGAAGAGUACAUUAAAAGCCAAAGCGAUGUACAGGAACAAGCCCUAUGACAAAUCACUGUCAGCCAGUUUAGACGUGGAUGGAAGGAAACAGUUCGACACUGUGAUGUCGGUGAAACGUCACGAUAUCAAAUAUGGCUUCGUUUGGAUACCGCACGCCUAUUGGGUCGUGGACAACGAACGGGUUGCUGAGUUAUCUGGCGUAAUAAAAGUAAAAACAAAAGGCAGUGUGACACAGAGCGAUAUAGAAGCAGAAUUUCAAACGAAACAACUGGCGAGUCACCUCCUUGGCUACUAUACCAUCAACGGACCGACGCAUGGAACCAAACUACAGUUCGACUACCAAUUCUUUAAAAACCCCAAGCAAACUAUUAAGAUUGAAGGUAUAUAUAGUGAGAAAUCGGGAGGAUUUAGACAUGAUCUAUAUGGGGACUUGUCCAUGGCGUUCACAGCUUAUCCGGAGUAUAAUUUCUAUACGGUUCUGAGGAAUAUUAAAACCCAAUCCCAUGUGGACAUAGGUUUCAACGUAAGUGCGUCCAGAGAAAAGAAGUUAGACCCAGCGUUUACGUUCAGCUUCCAACGCGCUGAGCACUUGACUGGCAUGAGGCUUGACACGAGACUGACGCUGAAUCGACCUAGGUUGAUUGAUAUGAAGUUUCAGUUUGAAGGGAUUGGCCCCAAAUACACCGCUUUAGCGUUGCUAAACUUCAACCCUAAAUCGCGAGAGAUUUUGGUCUCAGGGUACCUAUUCUUCCCGCCUGGUACACAACUGUAUUUGGACGCGGAACUUAACAUGACACUGCCGACCUUGCAUCCUUGCUCUAUAAAGACCAAGGUCCAUGAGAAGCAGCUUAAUGAUUACCAAGUAAACGCAGCCGGCGUAUGGUUCACGGGGGUAGAUUUCAACAUCGACGCGUCAUACCAGGACCAGUCUAAGACAAACAUGGCGUCCCACCACCUCAAGGCGUUGGUCAGUAGCACCCACUUCAAGAACAUCGCCGUGGACGGGCGGUUCACACAGGAUAACCGACAGAUCACUUUCAUUGGACAGGGAGAAUACAACGACGAGCACUACAGGACGUUAAUAAGGUACAUUCUGCUAUCGGAGCAGAACUUCACGACCUAUGUAGAGGUGGAUGUCGGCGGGAAGGCGUACAGUGUCAACUUGAACGCGGAUCUUAGCAAUAAUACUAACGUCAAUAUGGAUAUACAUUUUGAUCAACUCCGUGACCUCCACUUCUCCUACCAGCGCUGGGUAUCAGCCAAACAGAAGCGUUUAGCCGCUGCCUUCAACUGGGAUGCGAACCGCGAUCCCUCGCAGAAAGUCAGUAUAGACGUGCAACUGGACAAUAAGGGCACUUGGCACCAUGGGGGACAUGUGUCCUUGUAUUACCCUGGACGAAUGGUCAAUGGGGAGUUCGAGUUUUUGUUAAGAGAUUGGUUCUGCCAGUGGCACAUCCGCAUGGGCUGGUCGAGCGAGUCCAACAUACUGUGGCGCGUCAAGAUGUACUCGGAAGCCCACAACGAAACUGUUUACGCUCUACUCUCCAACAUGAACACGCCGUUCGCUGGGUGGAAGGAUACUAGUUUUAAUCUUAUGUGGCGUUACCACGACAAUCUCCAAGCCCUAAACGGCAGCAUGAACUGGCAGGAAGACUACCUAGCGUUCAGCCUACUAGCCGACUACUUGUUCAAAACCAAUGAGUUCUAUGGAGAAAUCAACGCAGUCGUCAACUCCACUAUACCGACACUACCGAAGGCGGCAGCCAUAGCCAAACAUAGGGUUAUAUGGAAGAAGAGUGCUGAUACACUGCUUAGUUUCCAGUACAAUGAAGAUGGUCUGCUCAUGAUCAACUCGUCCUGGACAUUAGAUAGAGGGCACAAAGAAAACAACAUUACUGGCAGAGUUACACUUCUAACACCUUUCCAGGGUUACAGAAAAGGUUUCCUACGCACAGCAUUCGUAUUGGGCCACAAGAGAGACAUCAAUGGCAUCACCUACCUCGACCUCGAAGAAAAAGUUCUCAAGAUUUACGUCAAUGGUCACAUGCGCCGCAUCACGAACUGCAUGCUAGUCGUGAACGUCACCAGUCCCAUGGUGGAGUUCCCACAGAUGACGGCGCGGUUCGGCUUCGUGGAGGCUGACCGACAUCUAGUGGCCAUGGUUGUUACUACCAAUUCUACCACAGGUAUCGAAGUAUUCCUGAAGCUGUUAUCGUUGCAAGACUUCCACGUGUUUGGACAUGUGGCACUACCGAUACAGUACCUCAACAGAGCUAUGGUGAUAGCCAAGAGGGCGCCGGAAGAGGUGGACUUCAGAGUAGGUUGGGGCAAAAUGGACUUCGGUUUCACCGGUAUCUGGCAUUAUAAGUCCCCCCUAAACUUCGUAUACCUAUACAAGUUGUAUACACCGCUUGAAGGCUUCGAAGAGAACGGACUUGUACUGAAGAAUAUCUACGGAAAUGGACUUGAUACUGAACUGUCUAUCCGAUUGUCUACGCAUAAGUUUGGCAUAGCAAUACUUCUAGAGGACAACGGGAAAGCAUUAAUAGACGUGCUUCGUGACAAGUUCCAACACGAGGCGAGCUCGUCCGACAUGUUUAUAGAGAACUUUGAUACUAGGGCCCGAGUGGUUUUGGACACCCUGUACUAUCCUACUAUCACUUUCAAUGCUCAUCUUAUGAAGGUAUGUAUAUAUGAAGGUAGUUAUGAAGAUAUACUAGAAGUGAACGCAACGCUACACUUACCGAACUUACCGCCACUUGUACUUACUGAUGUCUUCGUGCUAGAGGAAUACACGGUAAUGCGCAACACUCUAAACUUGGUGACUCCUUUCCAAGCGGUGAAGGAAUUGAAGUCAGUGUACACAGUCGACAUUACACUGGGAGAGAAGAUCAACGUCACCUGUCUCGUGUUGUUGUAUAAUGGAACUUAUUGGCAUGAGAUAUCAUACAAAAUAUUCUACGAAUACGAAUGCGGUGAAGACGACACGUACCAAUCGUAUGUAGCCUCGGUCGGUAUAGCGACACCUCUGCCUGUACUCCCCGCGCUAGAGGCGAGAGUCGCUGCAAGACUCGAGGACGCGCUGUGGAAGAUGAGCGCUGACAUAGCCAUGCCGUCCUUUACUAUUACUGCUUUAGCUAGCUUAGAGUUGGACGAUCCGUUUGUUGAAACUUCAGGCAGUUUGAACCUAACAUCAGCGUACUUAGAGGACUACUUCAUAAAGAUGCAGUUUAAGAAGGACUUCUCAGAUGUUGAGAAUGUGGUCGGAGGCGGUAUACAGAUACAACAGGGUGAUCAGAAUAAUUAUUUAUUCGCGGACGUAGUAUGGCGGCCGGCCCCCCACCGCCACAUCAGGUUCAAGUCCCGCGGCGCGCUGGUCCCAGUACUGGCCCCGGCCGAACUAUCUCUACUCUACAGCGAGGACGUGUCGCGGACUCUGUCGGUAGACUUCAGCAGUGAAGACUAUUACUAUUCUUUGAAGGCAGAUCAGUCGCAAACUUCUGUUAGCGCUGCGUUGAGCAGUCCGCAUAAGGGAUUCAGGGCUAUAAAAAUUAUAGGAGAGUUCGAAGAGGACGACAUUCGAGGAUCGUUUGUGACAGACACUACAGAGUAUAGUAUCAACGGGAAAGUAUUGAACAGGAACCCUCUCGAAAUGUCCCUAACCCUGGUCCCCAAAGGGCAGGGCGACAACAUCAACAUCCGCAUGAAGUACGAGAGCACUCCCACCGUGUACACCCUAUCCGCUCACUUCGCGGGGCCCGUGUCCGCCACGCUACAUGCCAAGGCCGAACUGGAGGGGAACUUCACUGAUAUUAAUGUUAAAUUGGACAUCCCGAAGUCGAAGUACAAGGACAUAUACUUCAAGUCGCGCGUGGACAACUACCCGGGGCUGCGCAAGGUACUCAGCGUGCAGGCCGCCACGCCGCUCAACAGGAUACGAUACGUCAAGGGAGAUACUGAUUUUAUAUUCGGUCCCAAAACUGGUUACUUGCUAUGCAAGUACGAGCUGCCAGAUAUGAAGGGAGAGGGAGAUCUGAAGUGGAGCUUCCUUCUCGGAGAUCUGUUUAUAAAGGCGCUCGGCCACCAGCACGUGAAGGAGAUAGAGAAGAGCGUGGACCUGGACAUCCACUUCGGAAACAGCACCACUCCCGACAUGAUGAUGAAGACGGACGCCGGCUUCCGGAUGGACCUCGAUCAUGUUUGGGUUAUCGGCGCGAACACCACAUUCGGCCUGAUCCCGAACAAACAAAUCAACCUGAUCAUAAACGCGAUCCUGCCCAAACCGAACGUGGAUGUACACACGCUGUACAUAGACCUGGACGCCGGCUCCGAUGAUAGACCGCUGAAGACACUAGAAGCGGAGUACAGGACUGACGUCACCAAGAUUGUUACUGGGGUCAAGGGAGAUCUACUCUAUUUACCAGAGAGUUUCGACACAAACUCCACGAUAACUUGGACCUCAACAACUGGGUACAAACACAUAGACAAUAUAGUGAAAUAUAAGUGGGACGUCAAUGGAUCCAACCAUGUUGAUUACACUCUAACCUCGCCCAUGUUUGACGGUAAACCCACGCUGAAGCUCAAAGGGUCUUAUCAGAAGGAUCUAGUGCAUACCUAUCAUAUUGUUAAGGGAGACAUGCACCACCCAGGCGACAGUCAGAUCGGCGAGAUAGAUCUGCGGUACGGCGGGGUCAAACAUACAGACGGACACUUCAACUUUACCACUCCGUUCAAACGGCUGCCCUGGCUCAAGUCUAUAUUCGAUAUAAACAACUUAGAAGAAUCAUCAGAUAACAAAGUGAACCUAUUCUGGCCGAACAAAACAGCGUCAGUGAACACGACACACCGCUACCAUAAGAGAAACAAGGGCUUCACACAAAACGGAGAAAUAUCACUUUCAGUUCCAUUGAGCCGUCAACACAUAGUCAACACUGAAUACUACUACAUACAAGACGAUAAGACCAGCAAUGGAAACGCUACAAUUGAUUUUGAUCACGACCGCUUCGUCAAAGGCUCCUUCGAUCAGAUUCUCAGUAAGAGUGAAAGGAAUUUAGACCUUGCUACUAUGAAUAUAGAGGUGGAAAAUGUUCAUACGCCUGUUGGGAUUAAGUAUAUACAUGAGUAUGAUAAUACGGGGAAUAUUGAUGUAAAACAAGCAACAGUAUUCCACUUACACAACGCAACGAAAUUCAACGUCACCGGUAAACUCGACAUCUACACCUACGACAUCGGUAAAGAUCUCAAACUGACUGCUAUACACGGCAAUCGAACCUGGACCUUUGACAAUAAGUACGAGGCAGUCGACAAGGAGCUGAAACAAGGAUCAAAGAUCAAAUGGGCCGAAGAUGUUUGGUUUAACUACGAUCUACAUGUUACUAAUAUGACUACGGACGAAACCGAAUCCCAACAACUAGUAAUGAACGUAUGGUAUCCACUGCGUACAUUUAAUUUGGUAGCAUUAUACAACUUACAAGACACAUUACUCGAUGGUUCGGCGAAGUUACACUGGAAUGUCAAGGAGGAGAAUAAGACGGCCGAGUUGAGAGGUCGCUGGGAGAACCCUCCCGUACCUGAGGGGAAUCUACAUCAUGUUGAUUUGUCGCUUGCCCAUCCAUCGUUUAGAAAGGACGUAACCCUAAAAGGCCAAUACCUAUCAACACCAUCAGUGAUGUCAAACGUCUCUCUAGAACUACAAUACUCCGAUUAUGAGAACGAAUACCUUCAACUAAACUCCAUAUUAACGGACAACUCAAAUGGCCCAGUGAGGGACUACAAAUUCGCACUCAUUUGCAAACAUCCGUCUACCAAUUUGGACUUAGAUAUGAAGUCUGAUAUCAAUAUAAGGAGUCGCUGGUACUAUUUCAAUAACUUCUAUAGGUUCCAGAAGUCUCUUUUCUAUCAGAAAUUGAGACAGAAUAUGUUUUUGAUCGAUACUGCUAAUAGUGCUGUGCAUUGGGAGCGUGCAAACGAGACGUACUUCUACAAAGUGAACGGUACAUGGGAGCUGGUGUACCCGGACUACACACUGAAGACGUUCGUCAGUCGCUCAACGGGCAACGACACCGGCACCGCGACACUGUCUAUGAAGAAUAAGUCGUUUGUCGCGCAUUAUAAUAGUACUGAUGACAUCUCCUACCACAUGGUAGGCCAGAUCGUCGACACUAGGUACGCGAAAUUCGACUCGUGGCGCAACUUCGAUGACGUCAUUACUGUCGACCUAGCCUCCUACAUCCGCCUCAACCACUCCCGACUGUUAACGAGCUCAAUAAAAUGGCGACCGCAGAUUUUCACCGAAGUAAAAUCCCAAGCCGUUUCCACUCUCAAACUCUUGUACAGCCAAGUUAAUGAUACGCUCAUAAUCAUGAAGGAGAUGCCGAUGGAAGCCCAUCUUGCCCUUAAGAACAUUUGGACGGACGCCAAACCGAGGAUCCGAGACUUUUUGGACGACCUAAAUGACCUUCACGUUAUAAAGGACGAUUUGGAUGAAUUCGAGCGGUUUUUGAACCAAUCUUAUAGCCAAAAUGAUUUCUAUGUUAAAGACAUUGUGGAGUUUACUUAUUAUGUGCUAGAUGAGAUGGCUAUAAGGAAUCAUUUGGAGAGUUUGCCAGGCAUUGUGAACGAUAUGUGGGGAAUGAUGGGCAACACAAGUCAAUCUAUUAAGCAGAGUUUGACGUAUAUAGUAGACUCGAUCAAGAAAGCGUAUGCGAACUUCUUAGAGUCAGUAAACAAGGUUUUGGAAGCUGAUUUCAUGGAGUUAGUCUCUGAUAGAUUGGAAGCUAUGAUCCUGCAGUACGAUAACUUCAUAAGGGAUCUACAUAUGAAGUUUUUGGAGUACUGGGAGGAAACCUGGGUGAAUGCGACUAAUAGGCUUUCGAAGUACUGGCAUGAAGUUCUGAAGUCGAUUGAGCCUUUGUUCUUCAAAGUGUUGCAUUAUAGUGAGUCUUUUGUGUUCGCUGUCGGUAAGAAUGUCAUGGAUUUCUUCUACAACAGGACUCAGGAGUUGACUGAUUCGCCUUAUUUCAAUUAUGUGUCGACUUUCGGACAUGAGAUGGAUCGCAUCUACAAGGACCUAAUGAACAACGACUUGAUAACGAACAUAAAGAAAUAUAGCAAGAAACUAUUCAACUUCGUGUGGACUAAGAUAGAGAAGUACAUUCCAUUCAAAGAUGAGUUCACACAGCUGUAUGCGGAGUUCAGGAACGCUUGGGAGAACUUCUUGAAGACCAAACAGGUCGUCUACGUUAGAGAGAAGUACCAAGAAGCGUACGUACGUCUGAAGUGGUGGUACGACUACUUCCUGAUCGGCGAGGCGCUGGAGACCGUCGGGGAGAUUCUGUACGCCAAGCUCACUGACAUGUCCAAGACUGCGCUGCAGUAUGAAGAACUACAUCGCACACCAAAAACGAACUUCAUAUUCGAUCCCCGCGUCGGUGCCAUUCUCUUAGAACAGAAGCUACCGAUGUCAUGGCACGCGUUCAACCGCACGCCGGACUUCACUGAGAUAUCGGAGUACCGCGCCGUGAAGGACUUCAUGGACGAGUGGCUCAACACCAACAAGAGUAUCUGGUCCUUCUACUACGACAUCAGGCCUUAUAUGGACUUCGAUAACUUGAUGCCGCCUUUUGCUGGAAUGGCAAUGAUGACGGGCCAAGGUACGCUAGUAACAUUCGACAAGCGCGUGUUCACGAUAUCGGAGGCGGGCACGUUCCUGUUGACCCGCGACUACCGGCAGGACAACUUCACCGUGCUCAUGGAGAGCAACGAGCAGGGACGGUACAACCUCGUACUGCUCACCAGGAGGAGUCUCAUACAUAUCGACUUGUAUAAGGAGGAGGUAUCAAUAGGCCAAUCAGUGCUGAGUCUGCCGGCGUACGUGGACGGAGUGGUGGUGGACAGACAGACGGACUCGCUCUCCGUGCAAGGAUACAACGGACUCGACAUACAGUGCAACCUCGUCUUCCACACUUGUAAACUGCAGGUUUCAGGUUGGUUCUACGCGACUCUCGGCGGCCUUCUGGGCACGUACAACAACGAGCAAUACGACGACCUUCUACUGCCCAACAACACGUUCACCACAUCCGUGUCCACACUGGGCCACGCGUGGAACAUCGUGCCCGCCCCCACCCCCACCACUAUUGAGAACAAGGACCUCAAGAACGACACGCAGUGCGAGAAGUUCUUCCAGAAUAAAGUGUCGCCUUUGAACCCGUGUUUUUCUGUUAUCCCAUCCCUCCCGCUGUACAGCGAGUGUAUGUCGGGCGGCGACGCAUGCGCACUGGCCAGCGCGUACAAGGAACUCUGUCUACACGAACAUGUUCCCACGCACAUGCCCGACCAUUGCCAUCAAUGUACGACUCCACAAGGCGAUGUUAUAGAAGAAGGUGGCUUCCACAUCCUGCAAUACAUACCCAACUCCACCGAUGUAGUCAUCAUAGUGGAGGCCCAGUAUUGUAACAAGAAUCUGCGCAAGAGCAAGAACAUGGACCUCUUUGUUGAAGCCUUCGAUAUUAAACUACAAGCUAACGGGUUCUCUGACAAUAGGUACGCGAUCGUAGGUUUCGGCGGUAGCGGCGUGUACCGCCGGCCCCGCGCGUUGUAUGUCAACAACAAAGUGUUCACUAAUCCCAUCGAGGUGUCGCUGCAUCUAGACAGCUUUAUUAUUGACAAAGCCGACCUGGUCCGCGGCAACCGCACCCGCAAGGCGGACAUGUUCGCGGCGCUGAGCUUCGCCACGACGCUCCCGUUCCGCGCCGCCGUGCCCAAGACAUUCAUACUCAUGCCUUGCUCUAAAUGUGACUCUACUUUUAUGAGGCUGGACUACUCCACAAUCUACCACAACCUGAUGGAAAGCUCGGUGACGCUGCACAUCCUGAUGGACGACGACUUCAUGCUGUCCAAGAAGAGGGCAGCCAAGUACCUGUUCGGCGUGGACAACACGCUAGCGUACACGAACAAGGACUACGAACGGCUGGUGGGAGACUCGGCGCUGAGGAAGCAAGUCAAACUGCCCAAGGAGAAACUCGGACUCUGCACCUCAUUGGCUAUGGAGACUAACGGCACAAUAUUCGCGGGCGCGAAGUUACAAGGCGACCGUCCGACGGCGCGUCGGUUCAGCAGCGUGGUGGGGUCGCGGGCCGCGCUGUCCGCGCCGCGCUGCCAGGCGCCGCCGCGCUGCGAGUGCAGCGACGGACGACUCGUCUGCAGGCCCUGCGCUGAUACGCAGAGACUGUUGGAGCUUUCAUUCUUCAACUCCGAUGACAUCGAUGAGCUGAUCGACAUGGCGAUGGAACCACCCACCCUGCCUUCUUUCAGAUGAUAAGUACCAUAGUACUAUAGAAUAAUGUCAGGAUCCCAAUCUAAAUUAUACUCUAAGUAAACCAAUGUAAGGUAGACUUUUCAGUGAAUUUUGUCUGUAAUUGUUAACCGAUUUUGAACUUUAUUUGCUUAGGUACAAAUAUUGGAAUGUUUCUGCAGGCAAUAUUAAGACUUGUAUACUUAUGCAAUAGAAGUCAAAAUCGGUUGGCAUAAUUAUAGAAAUGAUUUGUGAAAUAGUCUAUCAAUAUUUAGUAUGGAGUUUAGUUCCUAAGCUUUUGCAUUGAAUGUAAUUUAUUCUCAAAAAAACUGUCGUAAAGUACAAAAUUGAACUCAAUAGUGUAAUGAAUAGGGCUCAAAAUUGUGUACCUAUUAUUACUGGUAAUAAAUUGUGAUAUUUUUUAUCUAAAAAGUAUCUUCUUUAGUAAAUUGAAUAUUCUUUUAUUUAAUGAAUUAAUAGUUUUUAAAUAAAAUAUGUAUUUGUAUUCGUAAGAACAAGUUCAAACAAAGUGCAAGUUAUUAUGAACCUUAUUUACUUAAAAAUAGAGUUUACAGUGACUAUGUAGAAAUAUAGAAAAGGAUUCAUGUGUACAUAUUAUUUGAUUACAAAUAAGUUUGACAUUUAAUAAAAUAUUUUUAUAAAUUA